AUGAACUGCCUCAAACAAAAAAUUUCACUAUUCAACGACAAACAAGCGAACUACCUACCAGCCGCACGGAGAAAACCUUUGAAAUACGGCAUACAAAUGAGUGUAACACUCAAUGACACCACAAACGGACUCCAGCCGAAAAUACCCGAAAAAGAUCUGCCCUUCUUAUUCAUCUUCCUACCCUACAUCGAACAAGUCAACUCAAGCGAAACCAUCACCAGACUUUAUGCACAUGUUCAUAUGGAAACCGAACUAAACUUCACUCUCUGGACAGUACCCGAUGGAGCCAAACACCUAACUACACACACGCAUUUAAAGAACCAACUCACACCGACUACACACUUAUACACAAACAAGACUCUCUGA